AUGUCAGUCUUCAACACCUCUGAAGUAGAAAUCUCUACCUUCUUCCUGAUUGGGAUUCCAGGGAUAGAGACAGCUCACAUUUGGUUUUCUAUCCCCAUUUGCCUCAUGUACCUCCUUGCCAUCCUGGGGAACUACACCAUCCUCUUUUUCAUAAAAACAGAGAUCUCUCUGCAUGAACCUAUGUAUUAUUUCCUCGCGAUGUUGGCAUUUUCUGACCUAGGACUUUCCAUCUCCUCCCUACCAACCAAGCUGAGAGUCUUCUUAUUGAAUGUGACAGGAAUUUCCCCCAGUGCUUGCUUUGCUCAAAUAUUUUUCAUUCAUGAAUUCUUAGCUAUGGAGUCAUCAGUACUUCUCAUAGUGUCUGCUGAUUGCUUUAUAGCCGUUUAUAACCCUUUGCAGUAUACAUCCAUCCUUACUAGUGCUAGAGUCAUUAAAAUCGGCCUUCUAUUUGCUGGACUAAGUAUUUUGUUUAUCCUUCCCUUUCCCUUUAUUCUAAAAAGGCUGAAAUUUUGCAAGAAAAGCCUUUUAUCCCACUCCUACUGCCUCCACCAAGAUGUCAUGAUGCUGGCCAGCUCUGACAAUAGGGUCAAUAUUAUCUAUGGAUUUUUCAUGGCUCUUAUAGCUUUGAUAGAAUUGGUGUGCAUUUCUGUGUCUUACAUGCUCAUACUGAAAAUUGUUCUGGGCAUUACCUCUCAUGUGGGCCACCUGAAAGUCCUCAACACUUGCAUCUCCCACUUCUGUGCUGUACUCAUCUACUAUGUACCUAUUGUCACCUUGUCUGUCCUUGAUAGGUUUGCCAAAAAUAUUUCUUCUGUUAUUACAAUCACUAUUGCUGACAUCUUCCUUCUGGUUCCCCCUGUAAUGAAUCCUAUUGUGUACUCUGUGAAGAAUCAGCAGAUUAGAAGUUUGAUCCAGGGAAAAUUAUGUGAGUAA